CUUAAAAAUAACACUAAAUAGUAAUAAUAAAGCUCUAAUAAUGUGGCAAUCCUAGGAUGAAAAUGCACAUGACCCCUUAGGAAAAAGAAUUAUCUUCAUUAGUAAAACUAGUGCUGUAAAUUGCUGUUGCAUUUCACAACUAAGCAUUUAAAGAAAUUGUGUGUGCAUUACUUUGCUCACGAAGGAAGAGGUCAGGCUGAAUUGUAGUGGUAUUUAAACACAAUCAGACAAUGACAAUAAAUCAAAACAUAAAAUAAAAAAGCAUCUUAAAUGUUAUACACAUUCUUUCCAAAGCAAUAUAAUUAAAUGUCUUUGCAAAUCUAUAUAUUUUUAUACAACUUUUCAAACAUGAAAGUAAUCAGAUAAAUGUGAAAAUGUGUUCAGUACUAUAUUAUGAAAAUUAUUUUCUUUGUUUUCCACUAGAUUUAUCCUUUGAUCAGAAAGCUUCAGAACUGAAAUAUAAUCUCACUGUAGGAUGUAGAUUACACCUUACUCAAAGUGAAAAAGAGCACAUUUGAUUAAUAAGAUGUGUAUUCAGACCUAUAUAUUGUUGCAUGUGCACAUAGUUGGUAAAACAGGCAUACUUCACCUUCUAUUCUGAAGAAGUGUGAGGCAAACAUCCAUCUUUAGAAUUGUGUUCAUCUUUGAUUUUAAGGGAGGCUGAUAUGGUCAACAAAAUUACCAAGGAAAUGUACAGCAGGAUCCCACACACAAACACACACACACAGAGGGAGCAAGUAAAUUAUUGCAUAAGUUUUAAUAUAAUUGAUAAAAGACACCUUUAAUUUUUCCUGUGCAUUCUUUUGGCUAGCAUUCACAUUAAUAAUCUAAACCAUAAAUGUUGGUAGCUAUUGAUUAGAAUCCCCUGUGUGUGCAAAUCCAGUUUCAAGACCCCUGCCUUUACAGGGUACGUGGGAGUGCACCGGCAAGGGCCUCUACCAGCUUUCUUUAUAGUUAUCUACCCCCAGUGUGCCUGAAGAAGAUCCUAAUAUACAGUGUGUGCUGAUGGCCAUAAGAAAGCUGCCUGACAAAAAAUGAUGGAGAAGUGAAAGAAACAAAAGACUCUGUGUGUUAUAUGGGGAAAGAUAUGCAAUUGAAAGUCCAUGUAUUUCUAUGAGUGUGUGUGUGUGUGCUGUGAAAGAGAGAGAGAGAGAGAGAGAGAGUUAGUGUGUGGGUGUGAGAGAGAGAGAUUUUGUCUAAGACUUCUGGCUCUCCCAUUUAACAUUGGCUCUGACUACAUUCAGAAGCUCAUGGCUAUACCUUUUGGGGGGGCAGAUUCGGGAACAGCUUCUUGUUUCGAACAUUUGAUAGAGCAAGUAUUAAACAAACAAAAAAGCAUAUAUUUUAAAAAUAGUUGCUGAAUCUCAUUACCACACUGUUAUCUGCAGUAAAAGUGUGUGUGUGUGUGUGUGUGUGUGUGUGUGUACUUAACAGCAACCGAGAACAACUAAACUACCUGGCAAAGAAAUGACUUUUCAGCCCACCUUUUUUGUAAUGUCUUCUUUAAAAGCUUUAUCUGAGUUUAGUUUCUUUACUGUUUGAAUCCACAGCCUUAACCUUAAAACAGGGGGAGGGGAAUAGUGUGGUGGGGGUGGGAGUGGGAGUGCGAGCAGCAUUAAAGUGCAUCAGGAGGAAUUUUUAAACGAUCUCAUUGUCUGUAGUUCUAGAAAGACUACGAUGAUUUCCUUUUAAUGCUAGCAGCUGUUUUCCCUCGCAAGUUUACUUUCAGCGAGAGAAUAUAAAAUGACGUCUCUUACGCAAAUGAGAAAGGAAAAUGUACGCUGAUAAAUCCAGAUGCAAUGCAAAAGAAGGCUUAACUCUGUGGAUGGUAUUAGCUGUGACGAGGCAUUGUUCACUGCUGCCUCUUGGUUACGUUUAAAGGCUGAAAUAUCACGAGAUCCAUUCAAUGAUCCUUUUCUCAUUCAAGGGACAAAAUGUAAUUUGCUGUAGCUCUGGUUUCUUGGAUGGGAAUACUAUCCUUAGUAUUUCAAAAGGAAGAGCUAGACGUGGUUUGUACACACAUUGAUUAAGUUGAAGAGCAGCGAUUACAUCUGUGCAGAGAGCAACAGUAGUCUAGGGGUGCCUUUGCAAAUCUCAACCUUCUGAGUUGCAGACUCUCCUAAAUAGACUUCCUUAAUUUCCGGAUGCACUUCUAUACAUUCCCGGUUCUCUCCAGAAUUCCUGCGCAAUUGAGAGGUUGUGUGUAUUUUACCUUGUAACGCAAAACUACCGAACAUUAUUUUUAAAGCGAUCCUUUUAUUUAUUACAGCUAUACCUGAUGGUGUAAUACGAGAUCCACUCACCAUAUUGCCAAUCUAUAGAAUGGAUAAUGGAACUUUUGAAUUAGAGGGGAAAAAUUAGUCCCAGAAAUACGAGCUGUUUUCUUAAUCACACGGAUAUGUCUAAUUUUGGAUACGCAGUGAACUAUUGCUGUAUAUAAGUGCUUGCGUUAUAUCCAGUUUUCAGUUGCAAACUGAUUAUAGGCGGAUAGUUAUUUUUGCAGCUUUUGACAUGCAAACCGCAAACAUCAUUUUAACGCACGAAGGAAGAGGUUUGCUAACAUUGCAACAUUUUCGAAAUCAUUUGUGCCUCACUGAAGUAUUUUAACGUCACCGCGAAGAGGUUAAGCCUCCUUGAUGCUUCUUCAAAAUGAUUUUUAAAAGGGUUGGUACAAAUGGAACAGCUAAAUUCUGCAGAAGGCCUGCCCCAAACUGAACGUACAGACUGCAAACCAAAAGUCUCCUGGACCACUGAAGUAUUCUACAUCGUGUGCCAGCACUUUUUUGUUAUUACGUAAAGCCUCUGGAAGCACCUUGGAUAUUUUACAUUCUUUUUUCUCUACUUGAAGCAGUCAGCACACAAGAAUCCUGAUGUGGAGUUUGGGUCUCUAGGACAUUUCAGCUUGUGAUCCAGCACGGUUAAUUGUGAAAAGUGUAUACAUUUCUGGCUUAUCUAUGCUUUGUUAUGGGUCUGACGUGAGCCCACGUCCUCCUUCCCCUCCCCCAAUAUUACAGACAGAAUUUCAGCUAAAGAGUUACAGUAUUACGGUGCUGGAAACCUUGAUAUGCAGACAGCAAAAGACAAACUUAAGUCUCUGACUGUAGAAAGACAAUUAAAUAGAAGAGGAAAAUCAAGAGAAACUCGAAAAUCAGGAUGCCUUGAGACAAAUACAGCAUCUGGCUGAGGAUUGUGUGUGGCUUUUUUUUUCUUUCUUUCGGCAAAUGCUGGGAAUAAUUUAACUCACGAAAUGGGAGACUUGAAGUCGGGUUUUGAAGAGGUGGAUGGCGUGAGGCUCGGCUACCUCAUCAUUAAAGGAAAGCAAAUGUUUGCACUCUCUCAGGUUUUUACAGACCUGCUUAAAAACAUCCCGAGAACUACAGUGCACAAACGAAUGGAUCAUUUAAAAGUAAAAAAGCAUCACUGCGACCUGGAGGAGUUGAGGAAACUCAAAGCCAUCAACUCCAUCGCUUUCCAUGCAGCCAAAUGCACACUGAUAUCUAGAGAGGACGUCGAAGCUCUUUACACUUCCUGCAAAACGGAACGGGUCCUUAAGACAAAAAGGAGGAAAAUAAGCCGGGCAUUGUCAACUCCCGAUCUUCAACCGCAGCACACAGCCACCGACCCUUACUCCAGCUUUUGGAAAGAGAACAAACUUUGGCUGGGUUUGAAUGAAUCCGCUCAGCCCCUGCCAAUUAGAAGAAAAGCUUCGCGUCCCGGAGACACAGGCUUGCUACCGGCCUCUGAUCUACCUCACAUUUUUAGUAAAUACACUGGCCACAGCUACCCAGAGAUCGCGCGCUCGCCUUGCAAACACCCUUUAAACUAUGAAACUGCCCCGGUCGUGGGCAACUAUGUCACCUUUCACCCGGAUCCCCCUUAUUUUCGGAGCGUCCUGUGCAGCAAGCACCCGGCUGCCGCGGCUGCCGCGGCUGCGUAUUAUUCCCAGCCCGCCGCCGCCGCCAUUGCUCAGACCAAGCUAGCGGCGGCGGCGGCGGCAGGGAGCCCGGUGGGUCUGACUUACAGAUACAAAAGGAAAAGAGCCUGCGAGGCCGCCCCGAAGGACUGCUUAUUAACCGCCCCCGGCAGCGCCAGGCGGCUCCUGAUCGUGCCCCGGCCCUGCAAGCCCAGAGGAGCGGCGGCGGCGGCGGGCACGGCCGCUUGCUUGGAGCGAUUUCACCUCGGCAAUGGCUUUUGCACUUCUCAGCAGCCGCACGCAGGCAGCUUCCCCGAGAGCUACAGCAGCGACUCGGAGUCCAGCUCUUACUCCGACCACGCGGCCAACGACUCGGACUUCGGCUCCAGCCUCUCCAGCACCAGCAACUCCGUGUCCUCGGAGGAGGAGGAGGACGAAGAGGAGGAGGAGGGCAGCGGCCUCUCGGACUCCAGCGAGGUCAGCUCCGAGGAGGAGGAUACGACCUCCGAGUCCGACUCCAGCUCAGUGUCCAGCCAGGUCUCGGUGCAAAGCAUCCGCUUCAGGCGAACCAGUUUCUGCAGCCCCCCCAGCAUGGCCCAGGCCAACUUCUUGUAUCACUUGGCCGCGGCCGCCCCCAGCAAACCGCCAGCUUCCGAGGAGGCCGGUAGGCUCUCCGACCUCCAAAGUGCUCAGUGUGGUGUCAAAUCGGAGUUGCCAGAGGAAUGGAGUCAUCAAAGCUGGGCACCCAAAGCACCUCCAGUGUGUUGCUCCGGCAGCCCUGGCAGUUGUUUUGCUGAGAUAAGGGAUGAUAGGGUAUCUGAGAUCACAUUCCCACACCCUGCAUUUUCCAAUAACGCAAAGAGUACUGACCUAACAAUUAACUGUGCUGCAAAGGGGGCCUCUUCACCUAGCCCAAAGACAAACAAUGCAUUUCCACAACAAAGAAUAUUCCGAGAGGCAAGGAAAUGCCUUCAAGCAACAACUACACACUGUGCACAUAACAAUACAAUAGCUGCUAGGUUCUUAAAUAAUGAUUCUUCAUCAACAGCAGCAAAUUCAGAAGAAGAUUCCAAAAUCCCUCAUUGUAUUGAAUUUGCCACGGAUUUGCCCUCUUUGCAAACUGAUUGGGAGGGGGAUGCUGCUCCUGCCACAGCAGCUGCUGAGCUUGAGUGCACUGAUCCAGGCAAUAAGACAUUGCCAUUCCUGCACAAUAUUAAAAUCAAAAUAGAGGAUAGCAGUGCCAAUGAAGAAUAUGAACCCGACCUUUCCAAACAUAAGCUAAAGUGUGAGUGCAAUGAGACUAAGGAUGAGUUUAACAGUGUGACUGAGAGUAAUAACCCGGACAUUUUAUUAACAGCCAAGGAAGAUUCUGCAUGCACUGAGAAAGAAACCACUUCCUUAAAUGCGCUGACUCAGAGUCAGGUCCUUUCAUGCACUUUAGGUACUCCAAAACCUGAGGAUGGGGAGUAUAAAUUUGGAGCGAGGGUGAGAAAAAAUUACAGGACAUUGGUUUUGGGAAAGCGACCUGUACUGCAGACUCCUCCAGUCAAACCAAAUUUGAAAUCAGCUAGAAGCCCACGUCCUACAGGUAAAAUUGAGACACAUGAAGGAACACUGGAUGAUUUUACAGUUACCAAUAGACGCAAAAGAGUAGCCAGCAAUGUAGCAUCAGCAGUGAAAAGGCCGUUUAAUUUCAUGGCAAAUUUUCCCUGUCCACCGUCACUAAUUAUUGGCAAUGAUGGGGAUUUGUUGCCAGCUUAUUCCUUAAACACCACUAAGGAUUCCCAACCACCUCACAAGGCCCAUCCUGUAUGGAAAUGGCAGUUGGGCGGUUCUGCAAUACCUCUUCCACCUAGCCACAAAUUCAGGAAAUUUAAUUAAUAAAAUAGCUUGGAAAAUAUUUUCUUGGACCACCUUUACCGUUCUUUUGUUUUAAACUCGACAGGAUGGUUUGUACAAACUCCUUAAUGCUUUACACACUUUUGGAGUCCUGUUUGAUCACAUGAAGAUAGAAAUUGGAUUACUAUUUUCUUUUCCAUUACCGGUUUUUGUUUGUUUGUUUGUUUGUCUGUCUGGGUAAUUUUUACAUUCCACAGAGUAUUUCAGGCUAAAGACUCAACUUAAACUCAGUUAUUAUGGUAGAGCUGGAACACUUUACUUUUUAAAUGCUAAUAAUGCACCGGUACCUCAAUUCAACUGCUACAAAUAAAUGUCAAAAGGUUGAAUAAUAAAUAUUAGAAUGAGCCAUUAAAUUUAUGCACUAGAUUUGGAAAAUGGAAGUCUAACUGUUAAUUCAGUUAAAGUUUGUUAAGUUACUUGGUUGCACAGUAAGGGUUCACUAUAAUUCAAUGUGGCAGCAGACUCUACUUUUCGGGAGCUUUGUUUUCCAGAGUAGGGGUCUCUUUUUCCAAGAGCAGUUGUACUUACUGAUAUUUUCUAUGGUUUGGAAAGGUUGGGGUUUGAGUACAGCUGGAGCAUUGGAAAAGCUGCCUCAUCUCAAAACUAGUCAAUAAAUAUGGAAUUCUAUUUUUGGAAAAGGGUGUCUUUUUACUUGCACAGUCAUUCUUUGCAAUUGGAAAGACUUUUUGUUUCACCAACAGUCUUAAGGUUACUGUUACCCACUAAUGUCAAACUUCAAUUGUGGUCUGAACAUGUCCCUCACAAACUUGCAAAGCAACUAAAAUAUUUGCCUGUAUAGCGGUACAAUUUAUGAUCUAGCCUCCUGCACUUGGUGGAGGAAAUAGCAAAGCGGUAAAUGCAACACAGAAAGUGAAAUGUGAGGCCAUAAGGGGAAAGAAUACACAAAAUGAGUAUAUCAUGUUAUUCAUAGCUUUUUGGCACCAAAACUCAGGCAUGUAAACCAUAGUACACUUCACUGUUUUAUCCACAUCUCUUGAAACUUGAGUUUUGCAAUACCAUCCUAUCUAUGUAGCAGAAGCAUUUCUACUGCACGUGACAAUCAGAGGCAAUUAUCUAUAUUUGCACUUAAUAUCGAAAUAGUUUAACAGGCAGACUUCUAGAGUCUAGCCCUUGGUAAAACAUACUGGUGUAAUAUGUUGUGAUGAUGGAAGCAGUAAAUCAAAAUUAUGAAAAUGUGCACUGUUGAAAAGCAUGCUUUAGCUUUAUUUUCAAUUAAAAACACUGUUUAAAACUUCCUGAUUUCAUACACUUCGACUUAUUGCAGACUUGUCCAUAAUUUCCUCUUCAUUUGAAAGUUUAAGGGUUAUAUUUGGAGGAAAUAUGCUUCCAGAGGUUAGUUUUGUUUUGUUUUUAAAUAAAACUGUUAUAAGCUCAAUUUAAGGCAGUCCUGAACAAUAUAGAGUUUAAUUUCGGGGAGGGAAAUACGUUACAAAAUGAUAAUAAAACAAUUUGAAAAGUUUGGGAUUUGAAAAGACAGUUACAAUUUGGCUGCUGAAUCAGCAGAAUUUGAGAUUAAACAUUGCUAGGUUACUCUUUUUUUGUUUUACAUUUUUUAUUUACACUAGAGUUUUUCCAAAUUACAUUUUAGAGAUUUCACCUCUUCAUUAAUUCCGGGAGAAUAAUUUAUCAUAAAUCAAAAAAGAAAACAAAACAACAAUGAAAUGUUUAUUGUGUGACUCAGAGUCAACAUUUCUUAUGGAAAUUCACUGCCUAUUUUUUAGCCUCUAUCCUCUUUGUCUCUAAAUAUUCCAAGAGGACACUAGCUGCUUUCAGCUCUAGUCUAUUUACUAUAUGCACAUCGUGGUUUUCCUCUCAUUGUAAAAGACCUCUUCUAAGAAUACCUGCAGCCAAAUAUAUUUAGAAAGGGUAAACAAUUGCCUUUCAAUUGAUUCGCCCUUCCCCCACUUACACACAUUUUAAAUUGCCAAUUGCAAAAGGUGCAUUGCAUACUUAACCUGAUCUGCUGAAAUUAUGGUGGUCGUUAAAAAUCUGUUUAAUGGAUGAAGUUGUUCUGAAAUUAAUGUUUACAUUUGAGUGUUUGGAGCUGCAUAAAUUACAGGCUUAUUUCCAGAAAAGUGUAAAUACGUACAAAAUUUAUUGCUCAGGAAAAUCCCCUGGCUCUUUGGGAAAGCAGUUUUUGUAUGAAAAAAGGUCUCCCCUUGACAAAAAGCUACAAAGCUACAAUAUGCAAGCUUGAAACCUAAAAUUUCACCUUAUCUAUUAAACAGUAUAUCAUUUUAGAAGUAGCUUCCUCCAUUGACCCUAUGUACUUACAGUUACAAACAUGUUGACUUGACCCUAACUUAUAAAUAGCAGAGACAAUUUGUUUUGCCCUGUAACUAAUAUUUGGGGGAAGAAACAAAGUACAGAUUUAGACCAAAUAAAUUCAAUGGAGUUUAAAACAUGAAAUAUGGCGCGCAGCUCUGACAUUAGCUCAGUCUCCCUAAGUGAAGUAAUAGUUUCAGUUUAUGGAAGCUGGAGAAUGAACACCACCCAAGCCAAAUACAUUCCUAAGUGUAUCAUUCCUGCAGACUUUUCUGCUGAAGUAUGAUGAAUAAAGGCACCCGCAAAAGGCAAGAAGUUAAAUUGUCACACGUGUACACCCCAGUUAAAGUGCAAGCCACCAGCAAGAAUAAUUGAUUUUUUACUACUGUCAGAGUAAUUUGCAGGUACAAGAAUUUACUGAAAAGGGUAUUCUUUCAAAUUCCUGGUAGUUUAGUAGCUGUUUCUCAUUGUGUUGUAAUAAUUCUUGCAAACACAGUUUAUUAUAAUUUUAGACUUGAUGAUAAUAAUAAAAUAAAAUUACUGUUAUAAAUAGCACAUUUGCCCCAAUAACGGUAAGUUUUAAUACUGAGCAAAACAAGGGGUUUCUAGCCAGCAAGAUUAUGAUAUUACUGCAAUGUUUGUAGGAAAGAGAAACUAAAAGGUAACAGCUAUGAAACUUGACAGUUUUCCAGUUCUUGAUGUACACUGCAUAAAUCAAUCAAAUGAAAUAAAAUAAUAAAAUAAUAAUACCUAAAUCACACCUAGGAGAGUACUUGAACUCGUCUGGAACAUAAUUCCAGAGAUUUUGCUACAAGUAGAGGCUACUGAUACAUUUAUUGGGAAGAUUUCUGUGACCACAUUGAAGACAAAGGAAGUUUUGGACUAUGUCUGAGUCUCUAGAGCAUUAAAAAAGGGAAUGUGUAAUGCCUUCAGCAACCAGAUAUAUUGCCUUAAAAGAUGUAACUUUCAGUUUACAACAAUUUACUUUUAAAAGUGAUUGUUCUAUAAUAUACACUUACUUGACCAUAGUGGAAUAAUCUCUUUGCUGGUUUAUUUAAAACGCCACUAUGUAGCAAUAAUGCAAAAAUGGUGGUGUCUGUUGUAUGAAGUUUGCUGUUCAAUCAUUCACUUGGUGAUUUUCUACAUGAUCUCUGACCUUUUUUCCUAUAUCAGAUUUAGUCGCCAAUAAAUUAAAGUUUCUGCAGAAAUAAGAACAAUGCUAUCAUGUUUUUGUUUGUUACACUUCAUGUGUGUGAGUGGUUAAAACAGAGAGGGUGAUGUAAAAAUGGCAUUUUUUCUACACACACCUCUAAUCAGUGGUAACCUGUAAAAAAAAUUGUAAUAAAUGUAAUAUACUAGAAAAUAUAAAAUAUCGAGAAUGUGGUAAGUUGUGGUUUCUGCAGUUUAAAUGGUUACUGAAAACAAUAUUUUUUCAGUUUAAAAUAUGUUUGGACAUAACUUUCAAGUAAAAAAAUACAAUGUGUACAAAUUAAAAUAAAUCCCUCAAAAUAAGGACAAGGGGACUGGAAUCUACCUUGCUAAAUCAGAUUUACAGAAAGGCGCCAUUCACAAGGUUUUCGUACCCCUGGUAUUUACCUUUACAAUCAUGUUUAAGAAUGUAUGGUUUAGCAGUUCCACGGUUGAAUGUGGAGUUUCUUAUGCCAGUGUAGCCAAAUUGCAUUCUGUUAAAUAGAGGACACUUCCCAAACAUUUUGGGAAAAGACACCUGGACAUGCAGUUAACUGAUUCUAGGCCUUCUAUGUUGCAUUUUUAACUGUUCUGAUAUAAUUAUUUGCUAUGCCCUCACCCCCCACCUCCUCCUUUUCAAUCUCAGGCGGCCUCACAAGUCCCAGCUUUAAAAGGCCCUAGAUGUUUUGCAUGAAGCUCUCACAAUAGGGGUUGAGAGAAUUGACAGUUUCAAAAACAAGGCGUUCUGUCCUUUCCAGAUGCCGAG